AUGGCUCACGAGACCGACCAGAAAGACCUCUCUAUUGACGUCGCUGAUGUUGAAAGCGUCGCUAUGGCUGGCAUCAAGAGUGAGACGACCAAAAUGGCUGGACUGGCUGAUCUAGACGGCAUCCAGCGCAGCUGGAAUCUUAAAACUCUUAUCGUUAUAUGGAUAUCGGCGUUGCUGAUGAGUUUCGCCACCAAUUUGAACAACCAAACAUCGGCCUCGUUUACCUCGUAUGCUACGAGCAGUUUUGCUUCCGCUCCGCUAUUGGGGACCAUCACUGUGGUGCAGGCUGUAGUGACAUCGGUCGCUUUACAACCUCUCGCGAGGCUUGCAGAUGUAUACGGGCGGUUUGAGAUGUUUUCGUUCUCUGUGGUACUGAUAACCAUCGGCGAGAUCAUGACAGCAUCCUCAAACACUGUUAGCGUCUAUGCUGGAGCCCAAGUGUUUUGGGCGUUCGGUUAUAUAGGAAUCGCGUUGAUGCUUCAGAUCUUAGCUGGCGAUACUAGCGACAUGUACAAUCGUGCCCUCUUUAGCGCAAUUCCACUUGCCCCUUCAAUCAUUACAUGUUGGAUUGCAGGACCGGUCGCAUCAGGAAUCAUCAAAAUCACAUGGAGAUGGGGAUUUGGAAUUUUCGCAAUUAUUAUUCCCACACUUGCGCUCCCUGUCCUAGUUUCUCUAUAUAUCAACAAGAGAAAAGGCACCAAAUUACGAAAGGCCGAAGGCACUUACAAGCCCAAAAACCACCUCCAAAAUUUCAUCCAACUUGAUCCUCUCGGCUUGCUUUUGCUAGCAGCUGGACUUUCACUGCUGUUGAUACCAAUAUCGCUCUCGACGUCGGAUAAAAAUACCUGGAAGGCUGGCCAUACAAUCGCAGAACUAGUUGUUGGUGGUGUCUGUUUAAUUGGGUUAGCCGCAUGGGAAACGAAAUGGGCUCGCUGGCCGAUUUUUCCUAAGACUAUUUUCAAAAGUCGGACUGUUAUUUUUGGGUUAUUAGCUUUGCUAAUUAAUUACGUCGGCCUCUAUCUCCUCCAAAGCUACCUUCUCUAUUACCAAAUGAUCGCAGCCGAUUUGUCAGUGAACGCGGCUACGAACAUAUAUAUGCUGAUCCCAUUUGGAGGAUCGGUAGGGCAGUUCGGGUCGGGGUUCUUGGUCAAGUAUGUGAAAAGAUACAAGUGGAUUAUUGUAUCUGGAUACGCAGCCAUUGUCCUUGGAAUGGGUCUGAGUUAUAAAUAUAUAAAUGGUCGUGGACAGAUGCCUCAACUCGUUGUUUCACAGCUGAUCUUGGGAAUUGGAGCCGGCAUCGUUGCGACUAUCCAAUUUGGAAUUCAGGCUUCUAUCAGCCAAGCUGAAAUGGCUACAGGAACGGCGUUGUACUACACGGCUGUCGGAGUUGGCAAUGCCAUUGGUUCAGCGGCUGCUGGAGGAAUCUGGUCAACUUUACUUCCUCGCAAGCUCCGCGCCAAUUUGCCUGCUGAUUCCGUCGGCGCUGCAGAAGAAAUUGUAGGUUCCGUUGUCGUCGCAAUGUCAUAUGCAUGGGGAACCCCAAUCCGCGAUGCCAUCAACGAGUCAUACACCAGCGUUUUCCGUACUAUGAUACUUGCAGGUUUGGUUCUUGUUAGUGUUGCGCUUGUCAUUUCUUUGUUCAUUCACGAUCAGAAUAUCAGGGAGGUCGACGACAGCAGGGAUUACAAGGGAAUUGUUAUUGGGAAGACUGGUGCGGUGGAUGCAUUGAAGGAGAAGGUGCAUGUAGGUCAGGAGGAAAAGGCCACUCCAACGGAGAAUUCUUGA